UAUCAAACUUUUUGUUAUAACAGGAAGAAAUUUGCAUAUCCACGGUGAUCAGUACCAAUUCCCUAGCUGGAGGUCACUCUCCAAGAUCUAAACACAAUGGAGACAAAGAGAAAGAGAAAGACGAGUCUAUGUUACCUGAAUCUGCAGAAUUCGGAUCCAUCAUCACUGCUGGAAGAAUCUCUUUCAAGAAAGAUGUGGAAGUUCCAGCAAGAUCAUCAGAAAUUGCGUCUCCUUCAACAGCGCAUGGAAGCUGUUCCGAGAGGGACGAUUAUCACGAACAAGAGAUCAAGCAACUGAGCAACGUGAUCCGAGUCCUUCAAGAACGAGAAAGAACCCUAGAACUUCAAUUGCACGAGUAUUGCGGUAUCAGAGAGCAAGAAACGGCGGUUAUGGAGCUCCAGAACAGGUUGAAGAUAAGUAACAUGGAGACUCAGAUGUUUAAUUUGAAGCUCGAGACGUUGCAGUCGGAGAAUCGGAGACUGGAGGCGCAGCUGGCGGAUCAUGCGAAAGCUCUCGGCGAGCUUGAGACGUCGAAGGCGAAGGUGAAGAUGUUGAAGAAGAAAUUAAGGUAUGAAGCUGAACAGAAUAAGGAGCAGAUCAUGAACCUUAAGCAGAAAAUUUCCAAGUUGCAAGAUCAAGAAUCCAAGUUGAAUCGAGAGAUUCAAGCCAAAAUUGGAAGGCUAAAGGAACUUGAAUCUGAGACUCAAGUGUUGAGGGAAGCUAAUAUGAGAUUAGAAAUGGAAAAUUCUGAAUUAGCUUCCAGAUUGGAAUCUACUCAGAUGCUUGCACAAGCUGUUCUAGAAGACCCUGAGGCAGAUGUCCAUAGAAACGAAAACGAGCUCCUUCGAGAGAAGAACGAGAGCUUGGUGAAGGAAAUAGAGCAGUUACAACAUGAUAGAUGUUCAGAUGUGGAGGAACUAGUUUACUUGAGAUGGAUAAAUGCAUGCUUAAGGCAUGAACUAAGGCACUAUCAACCGCCGGCGGGCAAAACGGUGGCGCGUGACUUAAGCAAAAGCUUAAGUCCUACGUCGGAGAAGAAAGCCAAGCAGCUUAUACUUGAGUAUGCAAACAGCAUUGAUGGACCAGGGAACCUUUCUUGCGCUGAUUCCGAGUCUUCUUCCCAGGCUUCUUAUAUGACGGACUCCGGCGAGCUUGACGAGUUAUCGCCUCGUCUGGAAAACCCGCCGGUAAGCAAGUCAAAGAUCUAUCGAAAGCUAAUGAAGCUUAUUCGCGGUAAAGAUAAAGACAAAGAUAAAGAAAAAGAUAUAGACCGACGCCGGCUCAGCCGAGCCACGUCCAGGGAAAAGUCAUUUAAAUCUCUAGAUGGUGGCACUAUUUCUCCGAACUUCGGCUUGGCUGGAGCCGAUGGAAUGAGAAGUGAGUAUGCAACUCCGGGUAGAAAUUCGUUGGACUUAGAAAGGACGACGAGUUUGAAGGAGGAAGGAGAUAGGAGGAGUCGAGAUUCCAAAGAGGAAGAUAAUGAAUCUUUACAAGAAUCUUCAUCGGUUAAUGAGAAAUCUAACAAUUUGGUUAAAUAUGCUGGAGCUUUGAAAGAUUCUCCUGGAAAUGCAAAUGCAAAUGCCAUUGCCAAUGCCGAUCCAAAAAGGCUCAUUGUACAUAGAAGAUCGGCAACAUAUAGUUCAUUUUAAACAAAACCUAUAAUCCAAAGAUUUUGGUUUUUCUUUUGUUUUGUAAAUAUUAUUACAGGUUAGACAAUAAUCCUGAUUUAGCAUAUUAUUAAGUAUUUAAUUUCAGAACAUAUAGUAACCAUCUAUUAGAUAAGGAUGCAUUAUUUCAAAUUGAUUGGUAUGCUGUAUGCAUUCAUUCAUGAACAGUGUUUUAGUUAAGAC